UUUCGCUCCUAGAGAAUGUGUGAGGUGAGUAGCAUAGGUGUGAACCGACUAUGUUUCAUGUUAUAUACUUCGUCGCGGCCGAAUACUGGCCCUGGUAAGGUCCAAAGUAGAUUGAAGUGACUGCCUGCCGCCACGUUCUCUUGAGCAUCCAGGUACUAUACAGGACCUUGACAGUACUGCCAGGACCCAACAAUGGCCGACGCGAUGCCACGACGGCUCUCCCUGAUAUCAGCACGUCAAUGACUUGGCUAGAUAGGUGAGCACGAAACUGUUUUCCGCAAUGCCAGUGACUCGGUAAGAUAUAUUGCAUCGAAACAAUCAUGUUCAUUGGCAUGCCAAAAGUUCUUGUUUCGCUAUGGCCACGGGCUUAGUAUUGUUUCUUCUACAACAAUACCAGCAUUCCUGAGGCCUCGGAGUGUCUAUAGCAGCAAUCACUCAUCCUCAUCACACCAGAGGAAUGAGAUGUCCGCAAGGGCAGGGGAGGGCGAAAUUCAUGAUACCAGAAGCUCUCCUCGUCGAGCCAGCGCUGGCCUGCUGUUUGUUUCAGUGCAGUGUUGUUUUCACUUAUAUACAGUACCACACACUGUACCUCUCCUACGAGCCUACGAGCCCUACCUAAGGCAUCCAACGGAAGGGAAGUCCUUGGCUUGAUCUUCUGAUUGUUGUCUUUCCUUGUACAUCGAGUGACACUCACUCCGCGUCGGAUCCACUCGCUCCGGCUCUGCUUGAUCAUCGGUCGACGAAUCAAUCAGAAACUAUGCAACGUGGCAGAGAGAAUCAAGCACAGCAAGAGCAGGAAGAACAGCGACAGCACCAGGGGCCGCACCAACAUCGAGGCCAUGACGAGAAACCAAGACCCAAGCCCAGAUCCAAACCCAAAUCCAAGUCCACUGGAACCUCUUCUUCUUUCGCCGACGUCGUCUCGGCAUAUACCUCGCGUUUCGGCAAGGAUGACGACCAAACCACAGUGACGGAAGAGGAGAGAAAGAAGAGACAGGGUGUUGCUGCCGAACUUGCAGAUUCAUACUACGACUUCGCCUCCUCCGCAUACGAAAAUGGCUGGAGCACCCACUUCCACUAUACGCCCUUCGCACCGCACGACACAAUCCAAUCCGCCAUGUGCUUCUACGAGCACCGCCUGGCGAUGCUAAUGGGUCUGAAACCGGGCAUGAAGGUGUUAGAUGUUGGUUGUGGGAUCGGUGGGCCGGCAAGGGAGAUUGCGAAAUUCGUCGGGUGCGAAGUCGUGGGUGUCACGAUCAAUCAGGCCCAAGUCGAUCGGGCGAUAUAUCUUACUGCGACGGAAAGGUUGGAAGGUCGGUGUACGUUUGUGAGGGGGGAUUUCUUGAACAUCCCAUUCCCAGAAAACUCUUUCGACGCCGCCUACGCCAUCGAGGCCACGGUCCAUUCGCCCUCACUAGUGGCCGUCUACACCGAGAUUGCGCGAGUGCUCAAACCCGGGGCUGUCUUCGGUCUCAGCGAAUGGGUCAUGACCCCAGGAUUCGACCCGUCGAACCCAAAGCACAUCGGUAUCCGGAACAGACUCGAACGUGGAAACGGACUGUGCAAUCUGCACACCAGCGAGCAAGCGCGCGCGGCCAUGGUCAAUGCCGGAUUUGAUCUGUUUUAUGACGAGGAUUAUGCGCAGCACUUCGCCGCCAACAGCACAAACCCCGGGUUUAAGACUGUUGGGGAUAACGAUGAUCAUCUUAGACGACGGCAGCAACAGUGUCACCCAGUCUACCUUGAAUCUCCUGUUUUGGUCCCUUUCCAAAUGCAGGCCGAGACGAACGUGAAUUCAAACCAACAAUCUGCAGCCCAUCAACAGCGUCAAGCUUAUCUGAGCAGCCCGGAUUCGGCCUCUGAACCGAUUCUCCAGCCAGCGCCGCCGUCCUCAAUCCCUUUCGACUUGACUUACCAUCCCCAUCGUACCUGGUACUGGCCUCUUGAAGGCGCCACAUCCAUGGCGACGACCUGGACCGACUACUUCACCGCAUGGAAAAUGUCCAAGUGGCCCCGGCGGGUAUGCUACGCCCUCAUAUGGACGCUGGAACGGCUGGGUAUAGCGGACAAGGGUACCUGUGAUGCCAUGACAACGUUGGCAUAUUGCGUUGACAGUGCGGUUGAGGGCGGGAAAGAAGGCAUUUUCACGCCAUGCUGGUGGUUUGUUGGGCGGAAAAGCGACGGGGAAAGCAACGAGGCUGCAUACAGUCAACGGUGA